ACCUUUCACUACCUAUCAAAUGGCUUUCGUUAGUUGUAGGUUUCUAGUUCUCUUCCUCAUUCUCAUGGCUUCUUUUGUCUCCCUUUGUCAUUGCACAUCAAAUAUUCUUGGCAGAAAGGUGGCAUCGAAAUCAAAUAUUACAAGAGAAAAGAUUGUCGUUGAUUUUUGCUUUAAAUUUCAUUGUAAUUUUCCCACGGGAUGGGAAAAAUGUUACUGUUGUACUAUAUUGAAAUCUGAACCUUGUUGGGUAGACCGUAAUAUAAAUGGAAAAUCACAGCGGAGGACUGCAUCCUUAGCAAGAGGAUUGGAAGGAAACGAAGGGAUUCUGAAAAUCUCGAAGGAAAAAAAAGCCAUAAUGGAAAAUCGAGGAGUGGAGGAUCUUAUUGGAGGAUUGGUAGUGUUGGAUUGGGUUUAG